CUGUGCCUGCGCUCUGCCCUGCCGACAUGGACCGCCGCCGCCGCCUGCCGCCACCACCGCCGCCGCCGCUGCUGCUGCUCCUGCUGCUGCUGCUGCUCCGCGCCGCGCUCGGCGCUGCCGGCCGUCUGAGCGCCCGCCCCGGCAACGAAGUUAAUCUGCUGGAUUCAAAAACAAUUCAAGGGGAGCUGGGCUGGAUCUCCUACCCGUCACAUGGGUGGGAAGAGAUCAGCGGUGUUGACGAGCAUUACACCCCGAUCAGAACUUACCAAGUGUGCAAUGUCAUGGAUCACAGCCAGAACAACUGGCUGCGGACGAACUGGAUCCCGCGCAACUCGGCCCAGAAGAUCUACGUGGAGCUCAAGUUCACCCUGAGGGACUGCAACAGCAUCCCCCUGGUGCUGGGCACCUGCAAAGAGACCUUCAACCUCUACUACAUGGAGUCUGACGAUGACCACUUGGUCAAGUUCAAGGAGCACCAGUUUACAAAGAUCGACACCAUCGCGGCCGACGAGAGCUUCACCCAGAUGGACCUCGGCGACCGAAUCCUCAAGCUGAACACGGAAAUCCGUGAGGUGGGGCCCAUCAGCAGGAAGGGCUUCUACCUGGCCUUCCAGGACGUGGGCGCCUGCGUUGCCUUAGUGUCGGUGCGGGUGUACUUCAAGAAGUGCCCUUUCACCGUCAAGAACCUGGCCAUGUUCCCAGACACGGUGCCCAUGGACUCCCAGUCGCUGGUGGAGGUGAGGGGCUCCUGUGUCAACCACUCCAAGGAGGAGGAGCCCCCCAAGAUGUACUGCAGCACGGAGGGAGAGUGGCUGGUGCCCAUCGGGAAGUGCUUGUGCAACGCUGGCUACGAGGAGAGAGGCUUUGCGUGCCAAGCCUGUCGAGCUGGGUUCUACAAAGCCUCUGCUGGCAAUGUGAAGUGUGCCAAAUGCCCUCCUCACAGCUCCACCUACGAAGAUGCAUCUCUGAACUGCAGGUGUGAAAAGAAUUACUUUCGCUCUGAGAAAGACCCUCCAUCCAUGGCUUGCACCAGACCGCCAUCGGCCCCGAGAAACGUCAUCUCCAACAUCAACGAGACCUCCGUUAUCCUGGACUGGAGCUGGCCCCUGGACACGGGGGGCAGGAAGGACGUCACCUUCAACAUCGUCUGCAAGAAGUGCGGCGCCAGCAGCCGGCCCUGCGAGCCCUGCAGCGACAGCGUGCGCUUCCUGCCGCGCCAGAGCGGCCUCACCAACACCACGGUCACCGUGGUGGACCUGCUGGCACACACCAACUACACCUUCGAGAUCGACGCACUCAACGGGGUCUCUGAGCUCAGCACCCUCUCCAGGCAGUUUGCUGCUGUCAGCAUCACGACCAACCAGGCUGCUCCAUCGCCCAUCACAGUCAUAAGGAAGGACAGGACGUCCAGGAACAGCGUGUCCCUCUCCUGGCAGGAGCCCGAGCAUCCCAACGGGAUCAUCUUGGACUACGAGGUCAAAUACUACGAAAAGCAGGAACAAGAGACAAGCUAUACAAUUCUGAGAGCCAGGGGCACCAACGUGACCAUCAGUGGCCUCAAGCCUGACACCACCUAUGUCUUCCAAAUCCGAGCCAGGACUGCAGCUGGAUAUGGCACCAGCAGCCGCAAGUUUGAGUUUGAGACCAGCCCAGACUCCUUCUCCAUCUCCAGUGAGAACAGCCAGGUGGUGCUGAUUGCCAUUUCAGCAGCAGUGGCCAUCAUUCUGCUCACAGUGGUGGUGUAUGUCUUGAUUGGGAGAUUCUGUGGAUACAAAAAGUCUAAACAUGGCACAGAUGAGAAAAGGCUGCAUUUUGGGAAUGGCCAUUUAAAGCUCCCGGGUCUGAGAACUUACGUAGAUCCACACACGUAUGAGGAUCCCAACCAAGCUGUGCAUGAAUUUGCCAAGGAACUGGAUGCUUCCAAUAUAUCCAUUGAUAAAGUAGUUGGAGCAGGAGAAUUUGGAGAAGUGUGCAGUGGACGCCUGAAGCUGCCUUCUAAAAAGGAAAUUUCAGUGGCCAUCAAAACCCUGAAAGUUGGCUACACAGAAAAGCAGAGGAGGGACUUCCUGGGAGAAGCCAGCAUCAUGGGCCAGUUUGACCACCCCAACAUCAUCCGGCUGGAGGGAGUCGUCACUAAAAGUAAACCAGUUAUGAUUGUUACUGAAUAUAUGGAAAAUGGUUCCCUGGACAGCUUCCUACGAAAGCACGAUGCCCAAUUCACAGUGAUCCAGCUGGUGGGCAUGCUUAGAGGGAUUGCAUCUGGCAUGAAGUACCUGUCGGAUAUGGGUUACGUCCAUCGGGACUUGGCAGCUCGUAACAUCCUCAUCAACAGCAACCUGGUCUGCAAAGUCUCAGAUUUUGGUCUCUCUCGUGUACUGGAGGAUGACCCAGAAGCUGCUUACACCACAAGGGACAGUCAAAUGGACUCUCUGGUUUUGUUUUGCUCCCAGGGGGGCAAGAUUCCCAUCCGAUGGACGUCUCCAGAAGCUAUUGCCUAUCGGAAGUUCACGUCAGCCAGCGACGCCUGGAGCUAUGGGAUCGUCCUCUGGGAGGUGAUGUCUUAUGGGGAGAGACCCUACUGGGAGAUGUCCAACCAGGAUGUGAUUAAGGCUGUGGAUGAAGGGUACCGCUUGCCACCUCCCAUGGACUGCCCAGCUGCCUUGUAUCAGCUGAUGCUGGACUGCUGGCAGAAGGACAGAAACAACAGACCCAAGUUUGAGCAGAUUGUCAGCAUCCUGGAUAAGCUGAUCCGUAAUCCCAGCAGUCUGAAAAUAAUCACCAACGCGGCGGCAAGGCCAUCAAAUCUCCUCCUGGACCAAAGCAACGUUGACAUUUCAGCCUUCCGCUCCACGGGUGAUUGGCUCAAUGGAUUUCGGACAGGGCAGUGCAAGGACAUCUUCACAGGGGUGGAGUACAGCUCCUGUGACACCAUAGCCAAGAUUUCCACAGAUGACAUGAAGAAAGUUGGCGUCACAGUGGUGGGCCCUCAAAAGAAGAUUGUCAGCAGUAUCAAAGCUCUAGAAACUCAUACAAAGAACAGCCCUGUUCCUGUGUAAGGUACUAAAAUGAUGUUGCUCAGGAGAGGAAAAGAAAAAAAAGGAGCAAAGUUGCAUGGCAGGUGAAAAGUGAUGGCUGACAAACGGCAGAAUUUAAAGGAGUUCUUUGCAACAGCUUUGGAAACGCAAUGGUUGAGAUUUCAAACCCACAAGACACUCAAACACUGAAUAUAAAUGCCUUAAAAAUAGGAGAAAACUUGUUUUCUAUCUGUUAAUCCUAAAGGGUGGGUGCUCUUGACUGACUGUUAAUGCAGAUAGUAAAUAUCAAAAGAAAAAAAAAAAAGUGAAAAAUCCUUCCAAGUAAAAACCAGUGUUACUAAAACCUAGAGCCAUUUGAAUAUUAAGUGACUGAAUAACAGAAAAAACCCAUGGACAUAAAAGCUGUGUAUUUGAUCUAUACAGCAAACAAGAAGAAAGAAAGACUUGCAGUAUUUUUAUACAGAAGAGAUCUGUAACAGGUAUUUUAUUUCUUUAAAAGCAAGGAAAAUAGAGGACUAUACCUCACAACCUGUCUGGCCAUAUUUACUAUAAUGUCAUUGUAACAUGCUAUUUCAGCUUCAGGAAGGAACACAGAAAUAAAGUUUGUAGUAACUUUGAGUUAGUUGACAAAGGAUUUUCACCAUUAUGUUAGCUUCCCUAACUGUGUUCAUUUAAAUAGAAACAAGUCUUAAUUUUUAAAAGGCUUAUUUAUUUUCUUGUUUUGUUGGGUUUUUUUUUCCGUUAUUGUUUAUAUUUAUGCUUAAAUACCUUAACCUGGCUGUAUUAUUGCCAAGUGCCAAAUGUUAUCCAAACUUCAUUGGUUCAACCUGAGAAAUUGUCUGAGGGUUAGUUACUAGAUGAUUUUAUACUCAUAGCACCAUGCAUGGAAUGCAGAAGGAAAGAAAGGUGGCCUUUUUUCCAGCACAGACACUAUGAAAAGCAUCUGGACUUCUUCUUUGCAAUGAGAUUUCUUCCAUUUGCUGUGAGUGGUAUUUUCACCCAGGCUGGGGUUUUUUCAGUGGUGUGUGCAUUUAUCUUUAGAUCAGGAUCUGCCCCAAACAGCACAUCCCAUUUCCUUCCCCAAGGCUGCUUUCCUGUCACAAUAAUUUUCCUGUUCUUGGGUGGUGUUCAGGUGAGAGAUCUGCCAAGAAAAUACAAAAGAGGGCCAGGGUUUGUUGCAUCCUCCUUUAACUGAUGAUGCUUUUUGAGUUCCUUGGGAAGUGACCCUUGUUUAAAAGGAUGACUUGAGCUGUCAAGUGAGGCUUUGAUGUGGAAGUUUACAUAUGCCUGAGCUAGAAACCCCCCUGCAGAGGCACUGUCAUCCUGUAGGGGACCUGAAUUUUGGGCACAGCUUCAGUGGGUACCUAUUCCUUGAAAGAAAGCAGAAGGGAGCCCAAGUCUAGGGGAACAUUCAUCCCCCACUGGAAAAAGGAGACUGAAAGGUGGAUUUUGGGGGCCCUCCAAAACCCUUUCCAGCAUCUUCCAAAGAGCUUCCCAACUUCUAAGUUUUUGUUCUGAAGCACAUCAAUCCCAGUUCUGAGCAGACACCACUCUUUGCUGUGAAAAUGUGUGGUUUAAAACACAGUGUGAGCCAUUUCUUGUGCUUCUUAAUGCUAUAGACAUGAUGCCAGGCACACAGAGAGCAGGCCUUGGUCACCAGGGGAAACCAUUCUGCUUCCCAACUUGAUGUUCUGGAAUCUAUACCUGAUUGUGACGAUGAAUCCCUAAGAAUUCAAGACUGUGUGAUGAGAGGCAGAUGAAAAAAAUGGCAAAUUGUGUUUUCUCUGUGCAUGCAAAAGCAGGUGACCACUUGUGCUUCCUUCUGGCUUGGGUUUUGAAGUUCCUUGGUAUAUAAGAGAGGAAAGAAUCAGUUUCUAAGGUUUGUGGGGCUGAAACUGUUCUACAUGAAUCCAGGACUUUAAAAUGUCCAGUCACAACAUGUAUCACACAUUGCUAAAGAGAAGAAGUGUUAGAGGCCUUUUCAUGAGUGCUGGUAGUGAGCACGCUGUAAAGGACUGGGUUUGAAACACACUCACAGCAUAAUAAUUAGUAAUUCUUUCUGAAAGAGAAGUGAAUGGGUUUUAAAAUUGAAAUUAAACACAAGGAAAAAAAAGAAAAAUGGAAGAAAGGUAAAAUAAAGCACUUAAGCUGUAAAGAACACUUUCCCUUAUCUGCCCCAAUCUAUCAUGAAAUGCAGUAAGCUGGACAGAAAAGCUGUUUUGUGUUGCUUAGUUUGGACAGAAUCAAUCAUUACUUUAUGUUGAGAUUGCUCUAAAUCAGACUCUGUUAAUGAAUUUAAGCCACCAAAACCCAGUGGCAAACAGUCUGUGUGGGACAGCUUUUUGUGACAUUUCUCCUCAGCUGCACCCCGCUGCUGGAGUGUGGGGACAAGGGGCUGGGGUGGGGGGCUGACCUCUGGGAGAUGCUUUUGGAGACUCAGACCCAAGUUGUUAGCUUUUUAGACACUUGAAAACUUUGCACCAACCACCCUCAAUUUCCUCCUGUCGUGUUCUUGCCCACUGUUCAGGCAUGCUCAGCAUAAAAGAUUCAGUCUCACCCAGGGAAAAAAAUAUGAAGCAGCUGGAUUUUGCUUUUCUUUGCUGUUAGGAGCUGAGAGUUUUUAAAACCCGUUUGGUUUUCUCUCCCUGUCAGAAGUUGAUUUGUACUGUAAGUGGCCUCUGUUGCAAGCAUCCUGUACUCCCCGUCCCCCUGUACAUAUGUAAACAUAGCAGUGUACAAUUCUUCAGUGUGGAGUAGAGAAAUAGAGGUCGUGUGGCCAUCUGCCUGUACAGGUUAUGGACAUCAAGCAAAAUGCAAACUGCUCAUAAAAUGACACGCCAUAUUAUUGGGUUUGUACCUUUCAAUAUAGUUUCCAUUUUAUUUAUUUCUGUUAACAUAAUCUAGUUUUCGUGCUGUAACUUAGCAUCCAAUAAGCAAUGUAUAGAUGUGAUUUGAUUGGCAAUAUGUAUUUACUUUAACUUGUAUUUCAAAAGCAUUACUUACUCAUUUAGAUUAUAUAUUGUGCAAUUGUAGAUGGCCUCUUACUAAUGUAAAAUGAUUUGUAGUGGAAACAUUUAUAUUUUUAUAAUAAACAUAAUGAAAGUAUUUUUUACAUACUGAAAUACUGAGGUGAUUGCUUGGAGGACAAAGUAAAUUUAUUUGAUUAGUGUGAUAAAAUUGUAAUUAAAUAUGGAUAAAUUCUGAGUGUUAAAGCAUGGGUCUGGAGUGAAAGCUAGAUAUAACCUAUAUUAUCUAUUAAAAGAAACAAGCAGUGCAGGUUUUAACUAAACAGACCAGCAUUUGUGCAAAACUGACUUACAUCAGUCAAAGACUUUACUUUCUCCAUGGAUACUGGAAAACAUCAUCUUCUACAGCCUGCCUAUGGGAUAUUGAAAAAAGCUGUCAUUUAUUUUAGUUGUGUCAAGUAUUUCCAAACUUUUGCUUUCUUUCCUCCCUCGCCUGUGGACCUAUUUUCAUCUUAUUAAUAUGUUCAAUCCAGUCAAAGAUGUACUUUUCAACAAAAUAAAAUAGCCCACCACGUACUGUAAUUUCACCCCAUGAUCAUUUCUUGCCUCUGAGUAUCUGUAUUAGUUAAUAUUUUGCCCCUGUUUUGUCAUGUCCCUGCCAUGUUGUUUCUGUGUGCUUCACCCAAGUACAGGGUCUUUGAAAAUGCCAACAUACACAACUCAGGAAUCCUCUUCCUAGGAAAAUAGGAAUGGUUUUGAUGCUUGCCAGUUUCUUGAAUUUUACAGGUUCUUUCUGUACCAUAACUGAUUUUGCAUGCUUUUGUAUACUACUCUGCUUACUGGUGAAAAACAAUGAAUGAUAUACCUGUC